AUGUCUCUCUCUCCAUGCCGGGCCCAGAGGGGCUUCAGUGCCCGCUCAGCCUGCUCUGCUCACUCAGGGGGCUGGGGCAAGGCCAGCUUCAGCAGCAGGAGCCUCUCUUCCUUUGGGGGUUGCCGAAGAGGCUUCCGUGGGAGGACUUGGGGGUCAGGGGGCAGGCUGGGGGUGCAGUUUGGGGAGGGAAGUGGUGGGCCUGAGCUUUCCCUUUGCCCUCCGGGAGGGAUCCAAGAAGUGACCAUCAACCCGAAUCUACUGACCCCGUUGAAAAUUGAGAUCGACCCCCAGUUCCAGGCAGUGCGGACCCAGGAGAUGCGAGAGAUCCGAACCCUCAACAACCAGUUUGCUUCCUUCAUCGACAAGGUGCGGUUUCUGGAGCAGCAGAACAAGGUCCUGGAGACCAAGUGGCACUUGCUCCAGCAGCAGGGGGUGAGUGUCAGCCCCAGGAGCCCGGAGCCUUUCUUUGAGGCCCACCUGGCCCAGCUCAGAAAACAGCUGGAGCAGCUCCAGAGAGAACGAGGCACUCUGGACGCUGAGCUGAAGUCCUGCCGGGACCAGGAGGAGGAGUAUAAGGCCAAGUAUGAGCAGGAGGCCCACAUGCGUGCCACAGCCGAGAAGGACUUUGUGGUCCUCAAAAAGGAGGUGGACGGGGUUUUCCUGAGCAAGAUGGAGUUGGAUGGCAAGCUGGAGGAGCUGGGAGAGUACAUCUGCUUCUUGAGUCGUCUGUAUGAAGAAGAGCUGUGCCAGCUCCAGACCCAGGUCAGUGACACAUCUGUGGUCCUUUCCAUGGACAACAGCCGCUGCCUGGACGUCAACGACAUCAUCGCAGAGGUCCGAGCCUGCUACGAGGAGAUCGCUCGGACCAGCAAGGCCGAGGCUGAGGCUGUGUUCCAGAACAAGUACCAGGAGCUCCAGGCUUCUGUCCAGUUUCAUGGGGACAACAUGAGGGAAACCCAAGACCAGAUUUCCCAGCUGCACCAAGAGAUUCAGAGGCUUCAGAGUCAGAUUGGGAACCUCAAGAAGCAGAAUGCCAACCUGCAGUCGGCCGUAGCCGAUACGGAGCAGAGUGGGGAGCUGGCCCUAAAGGAUGCUCAGGCCAAGCUGGAUGAACUGGAGGCCGCUUUGAGAACAGCCAGGCAGGACAUGGCCCAACUGCUGCGGGACUACCAGGAGCUGAUGAGCACAAAGCUGGGCCUGGACGUGGAGAUCGCUACCUACAGGAGGCUGCUGGAGGGCGAGGAGUGCAGAAUGUCUGGGGAGUGCACCGGCUGGGUCACUAUCUCUGCAGUGGGAGGCAGCACUGCCAUGUCCGGUGGAGUUGGUGGAGAUCCGGUGGGCACGUGUGGACUUGGAGGCGGGAAAGGCAGCUUUGGGUCCUGCGGCUCCAGCGUUGUGACCGGGGGCUAUGAUGUCAGCCUGGGCUCUGGGCAGUGCUCGGCUUUGGGCUCCUUGGGCUCCUGUUCUGUGACUGGCUCCGGCUCCAGCUCCAGCUGCCGCACCAUCCUGAAGAGGACGGUCGAGUCAAGUCUGAAGACAUCCAUCACAUACUGAGCAAGUCGGCCACUUGCUCCUUCCUGAAC